GAUGUGCCACAUGAGUCGCUCUGCUGGUCUAAGCCACAGCAGGUCAACGCAUCCAGCGCGAGAGGCGGGCCUGUUUGCAGGGAGCGGAUGAGCUGCGGACUCGGUACCGCUCAGUGGUCGUGAUUUUAAUAUCAUCGAGGAGCAGCUGACUGACCGACCGCCUCGGACGCACGCACAGCGGCUCGGUGGCACGUGGAUUUCUGCAGACGCCGGGCGGAAUAACGCGUCGCGGGUGUGUCUGUGUGUGUGUCGACGUCCCGCUGCGGGAGCGAGAGGCGAUGCGCUCUUUAGACCAAACGGGUUUCGCAGCGACAUCCGGGAAACGCAUCCACGCGCCACGGCUCGACCCCGUCCCGGUAUGCCCGUGACGGCACAAAGCCUGCCGCCGUCGAGGAGCUCCCGUAAGAAAAAGCGCACAUGCAAAUCGGCAUGGGUGCGUCAACGCGGUUAUUUGGCUUCAUUGUGCGCGCGGUGCUUUGGAGCGCAGUUGUGCAAUGAGACAGACGGGAAUCGUCAAGUAGACUCUCGUCGAUAGGCCCGCACGACUCGACAAUAUGGCUGAUCAGAGCAACAUCCAGUCCGCCGCCUCCAAGAGCAUUCGGCCUUUUAAAUCCAGCGAGGAAUACCUGUACGCCAUGAAGGAGGACUUGGCCGAAUGGCUGAACACCCUCUACGAUCUCGACGUCACCGCGGACACCUUCAUGGACGGACUGGGCACCGGCUGCGCGCUGUGUCGGCACGCCAACAACGUCAACCGCGCCGCGCACGACUUCCAGCUGGAGUACCCGGAGGCUGCUCAGUCCAUGAAGAUGCCGUCCAAAGAGGUCGUCUUCCAGUCCCGGAGCGUCGUCUGCGGCUCGUUUGUGGCGCGGGACAACGUGUCCAAUUUCAUCAGCUGGUGCAGGCAGGAGCUCUGGAUCAAGGACGUCCUCAUGUUUGAGACCAACGACCUGGUGGAGAGAUGCAACGAGAAGAACUUUGUUCUGUGUCUCCUCGAGGUCGCGCGACGCGGCUCCAAGUUCGGCAUGUUGGCCCCCAUGUUGAUCCAGCUAGAGGAGGAGAUCGAGGAGGAGAUCCGGGACCAGGAGAGCCUCCGGAUCGAUGAAGGGGAGCCGGCGGAGCAGAACUCGCCCAGCAGGAGCUUCAGUCGGAAAGAGAGCAUCCACAGCGUGGAGGACGAAGAGGAUGAGCCUGAUCCAGAGCCCUUCAUCUGGCCGCAGAAGAGAGUGUUAUGUGACAUGCGAAAUCUGGAUGAGUUGGUGCGUGAGAUUCUGGGCCGGUGUUCCUGUCCGGCUCAGUUUCCCAUGGUCAAGGUGUCGGAGGGGAAGUACAAAGUGGGAGAUUCCAGUGCGUUGAUCUUCAUACGGGUCCUUCGUACUCAUGUGAUGGUGCGUGUUGGAGGGGGCUGGGACACAUUAGAGCACUAUCUGGACAAGCAUGACCCGUGUCGCUGUGCUGCUUUUGCGCACCGCUACCACCAGGCUAAAUCUAGUGGCCAGGGAGCCCAGAGCAAGUCCUCAAGUGCCCACUCGUCCCGCUCCACCAGCCCAGGUCCCCACUGGCGAAACGAUGGCAUCGCACCGUACAAACCUCCCGACAGGCCCGGCCGCUCCCAGAACCCGUCCGCCCCCACCGAGCUGGACUCUGGCGCAGCUCGUCCUCUACUCCCACGGCCGCCGCGAGACCGCUCAGAACCGCGCCACUUUAAUCUUCUCAGGAAUAAGGAGACAAAAUUGCCAGUGACAAGACGUCUGUCUGGAGACAGUGAUUCCUCAACAGCCUCCUCUAAGGGAGGCGGCGGCGGAGGAGGUGGAGGAGGAGGACGGUUCUCUCUGGGUGGGGCCUCACGGCGCUCUGGUGACGAGGUAGUCCUGCUUGUCAAUCGCAAGGAGGGGAAGCAUGUGAUUGAGAGACCUGGAGCUGGUGAUCAGAGUCGAUCCCUGCGUCCCUCACCGCCCCGGGCACGCAGCCAAUCACGGGAACGUACCGCUCUGGCUCCGAUACUCAAACCAAACCCGCCACAGGGAUCCGCCGACGGAUCGCGAACUUCCCGUACCGAGAGGGGCCGAUCCCUUGGAAACGAGGGCCCGAGGCGGCUCCACGCUCCACGUUCCCACAGCCAGAGUAAGCUGACUUCCCGUACUCGGCCCAGUGAUGCCAGCCCAGGACCCGCUUCCUGCUUCAGAGACACUCAGCCCCCACCAUCCGACAGACGAGAGGAACUUCGAGCCAAACAAUUGCCCCCAUCCUCUCCCAGGAUAAGCGGUGGGUUCACCAAGAGGCAGUCGUCCUCUUGCUCCAACUCACCCGUUAAAGGGGUCCAGAACGUCAACAGCAGCCCCAGCAAGAAGAUUAUAACUACUCCCAGACCCCCCGCCCCUCGCUCCCCCUCCAUAGGAAAAGGCAGACUUCUGCCCCCAGUCACCUCGGGGGGUCGACGUUCACCUCACUCGACUCCCCGCAACUCUCACCAUCACGCUGCCCGUUCCCCUCGGACGCCCCAGGGCUCCUAUGGGGCUCCUCGCUCUGCUGGGAGAGGCCCCCAGAGGAGCUGGUCUGGCCUGGAGCGCCAGCUGCCUGAAGAGGAAGGACUGGACUUUGGCUUCCAGAUGCUGCCAACCCUAGACCCCCAGAGGGAGCAGGACCUGUAUCGCAGCUUUGAGGCUGAGCUUUUAGCCAAUACCCAGCAGUCUACAGGAGGGUCUAUUAGAGCCACGGGAGUAACGCUGCACGGAGCUGCGGUGCAUUCAGUGUCAGCACCCAUUGAUCCCAAUGUCAAUGACUCUGCCUAUUCCUCCUCUAACUCCUCCUCCUCAUCCCUCAAUGUGGGGGCAAAGAUUGGAACACUGCCUGACCUCAGGGAAUCCAAGAGAACUAAUCCCCGACCCUUUCCAUCCGAGGACCCCUUAAAUUUACUUUAUGGGCAUAAUUUUGGAAGUUCACACAACUUUGGUCAAGGAGAGCCUGAGCACUGGAGGGAUCGAGGAGGGGGUCUCAAAAAGCUCCCGGCCAUCUCUAGCUCCGACGAGGAGAAGGCUCCGCCAUCUUCCCUGCCUGGUCUUGGUGAACCAGACAGAUUUAUGAAUCAGGUCCCCACGCGACCUGCUUUCCACUGUAGGAAUAUGAAUGGGGACCAUGGAGGUUGUCCUCCCACGGGGGGGCUGGCGGCUCAGCAGAGUCAGCUUGGCUGGGGCACAUUGCCCAAAGGAGAUGUUCCUCUGGAGAAUCACAAGCCGAGCCUACCUUACGGCCUAGAAAAUGGGGAUGGCGGUGAUGACCUCCCGCCACCAGAGGCGUGUCCGUCACCUGUGCACCUUCCCCCUUCCGAGGACUGCUCCUUCCAGGAUUCUUCCAGUGAAACCUCGUCCAUGUGCUUCAGCCUGAGUGAAUCGCGCUCUGAAUCCCCCCCGCCAUCUUCACCCGUGGCCAACGGGGACAACAAUGUAGACGGGCUUCAGAUCAAGAAAGGGCACAAGAAAGCAGACAGCGUGGACCCGAUGUCAAAGCACAAACUGGGCAGAAUAAGGCCUCGCACCGACAACAGGCCAGAAAACAGCCCCUCGCGUAUCCCCACCCCGGUCAGCUACAGAGACCUGCAGGCUCUCGACACAUUUUCCCCGAGCCACACGCCUCCACUGUCUCCGCAGAGCUCGCGCUCUGCUGGUCAACCAGCCACAUGCAAGAGCCUGCACCAGGCAUUUGCAGAUAUGAUCCAUACUCAACCGCGUUGCCCAGCCAUAGGCAGCAAGGAUUGCUCCUACCCUGCACAGUCAGGGAGCCUGGACACUGAAGCCUGGAUGUAGCACAGAUAAAAUAGGGACUUGUUGUCAUGAACUUUGACUACUGUGUAAAAAAAGAAAUGACUUGUGAUUGGGCAAUGGGACUUUUUUCAUUGCAUGUCUAACACCUUCUUUUUACUUAGUUUCUCCCAUGAAAAACUGCAGUGGGUUCACAUUGCUUUUAUGUUGCACUCAAGCCAAAUUAUUUAUUACCAAAGGAAUGGUUUUUAAUAUUACUUUACUAUUACGUCAUUUACUGCAUGGGGGUGUUUGUGUUUUUGCAAAGACACACUGAAAUGCUCAUGGUUGAUACAGAGAGAUAAAGAGAGAACAUAUGUGCUGCCAUGUGCCCCGCCGAGGGGCAUGAUGAAGUGCCAGGGAUUUAAAGCUGCAACUCAACAAACAGUGUUAACACUAAACCUUUAGUCACAUGGAGUAGCUCCCUCUUGUGGUUGGCCACUGUAUCUCUGCUUGCCUUGAUAGUCAAAAUACUGGUGUGCUGACAGUAUGUAUCAGUCUCUCCACAUUAGUGGUCUUCAUAUACGACUCUGUAUGCUUCAAUUUACAAUAUACUAACAGGUAACAUGGAUAAAGGUACCCCCAUCAUUCCCCAGAACACUACAUGUACCACCAAAUCUCUGUACAGUUGUCUGCUGUUAUUGAUGUAGGAUGUCACUGUUUCACAAAUACCAAGAUACAUGUUUGUUUUUAAAUGCUUUAUGUUCUAAAGGGUUUCAAGAUUAUGUUUGAUGCAGUAAAAAGUUUUUUUUUCUAAUUUCAAGUGGAUUAAGUUUAAAACAAAAAAGUGGUGCAGUGAAGGAUGUGUUAGGCACUUCUGCUCUAACUAAACCAUACUCUGGAAUACAAUGCACCUUAUAUACAAAAGUCAAAGGCUGAGGAGAAUGAAUGUGUUAAUACAUAUUGAUUUACUCACUAAUAUACGUGGGUAUUUUGUAUAUAAAAAGGCAUUGAAUACACAGUUUAAUGUACAUUUUCACUGUAAUCAGUUUUGUGCUGCCUUAGCUAUGCAAUGUUGGUGUUGGAAAUGCCUUGACAAUUCCCUUUGCCUUAAAAUGUGGCAGGUUAGUUUUUGAAUGUUUUUGCUCAACAUUAUUAAGAUCUAUUCAGUAACACUACGUUGCCAUCAUUCACUGUUUAUGAUAUUGGACGUUUUGAGUGUGAAUGUGGAAAUAAGUGAGGGACAUUGCCAAUCAUUAAUCAUACAUUAUACUUAUUGUAGAUGUACAAUUCAUGACAAAGAUAUAUAAUUUAUUGCCUCCGCCCGUUUGGUAACACAGGAGCCAGAUAACCUACUUAGCAGUUUAAUUUGAAAGGCACAAUAUGGUGAUUCUUAGUGGUUAAAGAAAGACAUGUUUUAGUCAAAGUACAUGAUGGUGUUAUCCGUGCCGCUUAUUUGAGCCAAUGACAACAUAUUGUAAGGCAAAGUUUGAUGGACGAAUAAUGGAUCGAAUUGGAAUAAGUGUCUGAAUUUGUGCAACAUCGCAUGAAUAAUAUAUGCUGUUACUGGAUAUGAAUAUUCUCUUGUGACGCUUUGCACAUUUGUCGAGGCUUUAAGAGGCCAGAUCCCAGCUCAAGUCCUUCUGUUUUAGGUAUUGAACAGGUGUGGACAUUGUAAAAUAUGUUUGAAAGUGUAAAAGUUGAAUUAGGAGAAGUUCGUGGCCAUUUGUUUUUGAUGUGCUACUUACAAGGGUUUUGAGAAAGAAUGCUGUUUUGUAGGGCAUUGACAAAUUAAAUGGGCUAGAAAAAAAGAAUGUGCAUACGUGUGUGCAUACAGUAUGAGAAUAUGUACAGAGUUGGAGUGAAGAGGGGACUGAUGUAGGUGUAAUUUAUUUAUUUGUCACAUUGGGCUGAAGCGACAUCUGUCUUCCAAUAAUAUCAAAUCAGCUGUAAGUGUUUAGAGCAACAGGCCAGAAACCAAUAUCAUACAUUUAAACACGUUUUUCUCAACAAUAUACUGUAAAGAGACAGAACCUGUUAGAAAUGUUGCCACUGUAAAAACUGGUAUAAAACAGACAAACUGAACAUUUUUGAAGAAUGAAUAUGACAUGGACUAUACGUUGGUUAUGUGAUUUAAUGCAGACUCCUCAUUGAAACAACGUAGGGUGUGUUAGUUUUAUAAGAGCUACUUGUAUAGCUUGUUAACACUUUCACCUCUGAAAACAGAUUUUUACAUGUAUUGUAAUUAUUAUUUCUAUUGGGUUUGGCUUAUUUGAAGACAUUUACAUUUUAUUUAAAAAAAAGUAUUGUUUGAAGUUGCCUGUUAUGUAAACAGUUGCUACAUUUUAGCAUUUGGUUAUCAAUCACAAAAAAAGAAUGCUUUUCCUAAUAAUCUGCUCUUUGUCUUGGAUCACUCUCUCUCUCACUCUCUUCCUAAUCAGCGGAAUCUGAAUGUUCAUGAUUUGACAUUUUCUUGUUUGCUAAUGUUACUUCAGUUAAAUGUACAGAUUGCUUAAGAUCGUGGAAUUUGUUUGUAUGAAAUAGCAAUACUGCAACAUUUAACUUUUUUCAAAGUUAAAAAGGCUGUCAAGUUGUUCUUGUAAUAAAUAUCUUCCUCCGAAGUUUA